ACAUACCUGUUCGCUGGUACUAGUUGUGAUGGACGCAACUCAUGCGUGUCGCGUAAAAGAGAAAAAGCUAAAAAACGCUAUUGCGAAUGCGAGAGAAUGGGAUGAUUGUCCAGGCAAUGUAUGUAGGCUAUGGUUAGUGGAUGCUGAACCGCUUCCUUCCCGCCAUUGUGUGCUCAUUGAAACGUAACGAAUCACAAUUGUGACGGAGAGUACCCACCCAUAUUAAACAAUAGAGCCAGUUUUAACGUUCCAGCAUAAAUACCUAAAGGGGUAUGGUUACAGUCCACAAGUUUCCCUUUGACCAAACACCUCGGACGUUUCCUAAAAAAAAAGUAACUGUACUUGUACACAAUCAUUUGGACUCAAACAAAAAAACGGCUUUUCCAAGAGAUUCGCCGUUUUUCGGUCUCUCAUUUCAAGAAACGUACGGACUACCGUGUAGCGUGUUUGCAGAAACAGGAUUUAAGCAAGUACUAGAAGACUGGCGCGACUACAUGCCCGAAUUUCAAAUUUCUUUGCCAAAACAUAAACCCGUACCGAACUUUUAUGUCAAAAACAUAUCCAAAGUUUUUUUUGUUGAUGAAAAAAUCGAUUUUAAAGUCGGAGAUGAAUUGAACGCUCGAAUUGAAAUACAGGAGAAAAAUAAUCUUUCUCGUGGCGGAGAUUACUUUAUCGCCAGACUAGUGUAUGGUAAACCAUCAUUAUAUCCCGAUGGAAUACCUGGAAAAGUCACAGACCACCGAAACGGAUCGUAUAGUAUACAAGUACCGCUGCUGAUACCAGGACAAGCACGACUGGAAGUUAAACUUAUUGUUUCACUAAGAGGAAUAGCUGAACUUAUACGCUGUACUUCUACUCGAAGCUUCCUUGGAUCAAAAUAUGUUUCUGUAUUAGAAACUGGUGAAGUUGUAGAAUGUAACGUGGACUUUAAUGGUACCAGUCUUCAAAGCGACGAUAUAUGCGACUACAGUAACCCAAGAAACCAAGAACCGUGGUUCUGCGCAAAACCAGCGUCCAAAAACUGCUCUAGAAUUGCCGACACCACCUUUCAGCAUUACCAUUCAAACUUUUAUUCGAACUAUGAUGCCUGUAACGAUGACCUAAUUCGCGCUUUCGGGUGGAACAUAACCAUUCCCGGUUCCGGGCUAAAUGUUACUGUAAAACCGAGCGAAUCUAAACUGCAAGAGCCAUUGGCCUUAUGUAAAACCGACUUAAAUGGUUUAGACUCUAUUCGACCGAACGGGUAUGUUGUAGACGGAAGUUGGCAUUCCAGACUAUGUUACAACUCAAUAACUGCAGGAGCACCAGUCAAUGCUUGCUUUGAAAACAAAGUUGUCUACUUUUUAGGCGACUCAACCAUAAGACAGUUCUAUUACCUUGCAGUAAAUUCAUUAGGACUCAUUUCAGAAGGUCCAAAUAAUGGUCGCGUUUGGCAACAACCGCAAACUGCCGGAGGUCCAGGAAAUAGCAGAUUAUAUUAUCGUGCCCACGGGCCGCCUUUGCAAAACCCAGGCCCCCCGAAAAGCAGGCCAUACAUGAGUGACGUGCUGGAUGAGAUCCUACCUGGCGACCAAGAAGUUGUUAUUGUUCUUAACAUUGGGUUACACAUUCUGUAUUUUGAACCAUCUGUUCUUAUUCACCGUUUAAAGGGAAUUCGAGACGCAAUGUUACGUCUAAACCAGCGCCGAUCCAACGUUCGUUAUAUAUACAGAAGCCAACGAGUGCUUUCUACACUUAAUAGCUGGCUUGUUUACCGACACGGUGUCAUCACUCGAAAGAUAUUCAAAGACGUUAACAAUUUUUUCUAUUUUGACUUGUGGGACAUUUCAGCCUUAUGGCCGUUGGACGAUUAUCACCCAAAAGCGUUUCACGUUGAAAGAGAAGCGUUGUUUUUAUUUAGUUACAUCUGCAACGGAAUUCAAAUUUAACGAAGUUGUGAUUUUUUAAUAAAUUUAGUUAUUUCAAA